ACAGUCCAGUGCCAACCGCCCAAAAGUGCGAUCAGCGUUAGUUUACUUUUCUAUGCGUUUGCGGGUUGAUCAGGUUUCGCCGCCGUGUACGCGACGUGCGCCCGUCAAUCAUAACAAUAAUAAUUAUAAUAACAACUGUUGUCUGUAACGACACCGUCGUGGAUAACGACUCUAACCGGUAAACCAUGGACAUGGAUCUAGACAGGUCAGAUCCGUUCAUCAAGUAUCUGGCUGUGGAUCGCAACAAGCUCAACGAUCAGCCCACGCAGGCCGAAUGGACACAGAAACGUCUGGUGUGGGUGCCCCACGAGACACAGGGUUUCGUGGCGGCCGGAAUCAAGGGCGAGCAAGGCGAUGAAGUCCAGGUGGAGAUCACCGAGACGGGUAAAAGGCAAAUGGUUGAAAAAGACGUCAUCCAAAAAAUGAACCCCCCUAAGUUCGACAAGAGCGAAGACAUGGCUGAGCUGACUUGUCUCAACGAAGCCUGUGUUCUACACAACAUCAAAGACCGAUACUACUCUGGUCUGAUUUACACUUAUUCCGGUCUGUUUUGCGUGGUCGUUAACCCGUACAAGAGGUUACCCAUCUACUCGGAAAGUAUUAUGGAGAGAUAUAAAGGCUACAAACGCCAUGAAGUACCUCCCCACGUGUUCGCCGUCACCGAUACGGCUUAUCGGUCAAUGUUACAAGACCGAGAAGACCAAUCUAUACUAUGUACGGGGGAGUCGGGCGCCGGCAAGACUGAGAACACGAAAAAAGUAAUACAGUACUUGGCCUACGUGGCAGCAUCUAAACCCAAGGGAAUGGUUCAACAUGCCUCACCUGGACCCGCCUUAGUCGUUUCAAAUACUAAUCAUUUAACUAACAGUUUUGAUUUCGAGGGAGAACUCGAACAACAGCUUUUACAAGCCAAUCCAAUUUUAGAAGCUUUUGGAAAUGCCAAAACUGUCAAAAACGACAAUUCUUCAAGAUUUGGUAAAUUCAUACGUAUCAAUUUCGAUGCGUCUGGUUACAUCGCCGGUGCCAACAUUGAAACUUAUCUAUUGGAAAAGUCUAGAGCUAUACGACAAGCCAAAGAUGAACGUACAUUCCACAUUUUUUACCAGUUGCUUUGCGGAGCAACACCUGAACAAAGAAAGGAAUUUAUCCUUGAAGAUCCCAAAACCUACAACUUCCUAACAAACGGCAACCUACCCGUGCCCGGCGUGGAUGAUGCUGCUGAAUAUAAGGAAACUGUUAACGCCAUGAACAUCAUGGGAAUGACGACUGAAGAUUAUUCGGCAAUUUUCCGAAUUGUAAGUGCCGUUAUGUUGUUUGGAAACAUGCAAUUUAAACAGGAACGCAACAGCGACCAAGCGACCUUACCCGACAACACCGUAGCUCAAAAAGUUGCUCAUUUGUUGGGUCUGUCCAUUACUGAAAUGACAAAGGCUUUCCUUCGACCUCGUAUCAAAGUCGGCAGAGAUUACGUGUUCAAAGCUCAAACCAAAGAACAAGUUGAAUUUUCUGUAGAAGCUAUUUCCAAAGCAUGUUACGAACGUAUGUUUCGUUGGCUUGUAAAUCGCAUAAACCGUUCUUUGGAUCGAUCCAAGAGACAAGGCGCUUCGUUUAUAGGCAUUUUAGAUAUGGCUGGAUUUGAAAUAUUUGAGUUAAACUCAUUUGAACAAUUGUGCAUUAACUACACCAAUGAAAAAUUGCAACAGCUUUUCAACCAUACUAUGUUUAUUUUGGAACAAGAAGAGUACCAAAGAGAAGGUAUUGAAUGGAAAUUUAUUGAUUUCGGUUUGGAUCUACAACCGACUAUCGAUUUGAUCGACAAACCAAUGGGAGUUAUGGCUUUGUUAGAUGAAGAAUGUUGGUUCCCAAAGGCUACGGACAAAUCUUUCGUAGAGAAAUUGAUGUCUGCCCAAGGCGUCCAUCCCAAGUUUUUAAAAACUGACUUCAGAGGUGUUGCCGAUUUCUCAAUAGUCCAUUAUGCCGGCAAAGUCGAUUACUCUGCUCAUAAGUGGUUGAUGAAGAACAUGGAUCCAUUGAACGAAAAUAUUGUGCAACUCCUUCAGACGUCCCAAGAUCUCUUUGUCGCACACAUUUGGAAAGAUGCUGAAAUCGUCGGCAUUGCCCAUCAGGCGCUGAGCGACACACAGUUUGGCGCGAGGACCAGAAAAGGAAUGUUCCGUACGGUGUCACAGUUAUACAAGGAACAAUUAAACAAACUCAUGAUCACCCUUAGGAACACUAAUCCGAACUUCGUCAGGUGUAUCAUUCCUAAUCACGAAAAACGUGCUGGCAAAAUCGAUGCUCAACUAGUGUUAGACCAAUUGCGAUGUAACGGCGUGUUGGAAGGUAUUAGGAUUUGCCGACAGGGUUUCCCCAAUCGUAUUCCGUUCCAGGAAUUCCGACAGCGUUACGAGUUGCUCACCUCGAACGCUAUACCCAAAGGUUUUAUGGACGGUAAAAAAGCCUGUGAAAAAAUGAUAAAUAUCCUCGAACUCGAUUCCAACCUGUAUAGAGUGGGACAGUCGAAAAUAUUCUUCAGGGCUGGUGUUCUUGCUCACUUGGAAGAAGAACGUGAUUUCAAGAUUUCCGAUCUUAUUGUCAAUUUCCAAGCGUUUUGCAGAGGAUACUUGGCUCGAAGAAACUACCAGAAACGUUUGCAACAAUUGAACGCCAUUCGUAUUAUCCAGCGCAAUUGUUCGGCAUAUUUGAAAUUAAGAAACUGGCAAUGGUGGAGAUUGUAUACGAAAGUCAAGCCGCUGUUAGAAGUCACCAAACAAGAAGAAGUGUUGACGAUGAAAGAAGAAGAAUUGAAGGUGGUCAAAGAAAAAUUGGACUCUCAACAACGUGAUGUCUUUGAGCUUGAGAAAAAAUAUCAAACUGCAGUUGAUGAAAAAAAUGCUUUGGCUGAACAAUUACAAGCCGAAGUGGAGCUGUGUGCCGAAGCUGAAGAAAUGAGGGCAAGACUCGCUGCUAGAAAAUUGGAGCUAGAAGACAUAUUACACGAUUUAGAAGCUAGAAUCGAAGAAGAAGAAGAGCGGUCUAAUUCGUUAGCCCAAGAAAAAAAGAAAUUACUGAUCAACAUUAAUGAUCUAGAAGAGCAGUUAGAGGAAGAAGAAACAGCACGACAAAAACUUCAGUUAGAACGAGUACAAAUUGAUGCCAAACUUAAAAAACUUGAAGAAGAUGUUGCGCUCUCUGAAGACACCAAUGUUAAAUUGGCUAAGGAAAAGAAAGUUUUAGAGGAAAGAGCAGCGGAUUUGGCUCAAACGUUAGCUGAAGAAGAAGAAAAGGCCAAACAUUUGGCAAAACUUAAAGCUAAACACGAAAUGACCAUUUCGGAACUUGAAGGACGUCUACUCAAGGACAAUCAACAACGUCAAGAAAUGGAUCGUACUAAGAGGAAGGUCGAAACAGAGGUAAAUGAUCUCAAAGAACAACUUAAUGAAAAGAGAGCUCAAGUGGAAGAUCUACAGCUGCAACUGGGCAAGCGAGAAGAAGAACUAACACAAGCUUUUAUGAAAAUUGAUGAUGAAGCUGCCAGUAAAGCCCAAUCUCAAAAAGCGCUCCGAGAAUUGGAAUCGCAGAUCGGUGAGCUACAAGAAGAUCUUGAAGCAGAACGUACGGCUAGGAGCAAAGCGGAAAAACAAAAACGUGAUUUGAAUGAAGAGCUUGAAGCUUUGAAACAUGAACUUCUGGAUUCAUUAGACAUAACCGCUGCUCAACACGAACUCAGGGCCAAAAGAGAACAAGAAUUAGCUACCUUAAAGAAAUCGUUAGAAGAAGACACCCAGUCACAUGAAAUUAUCAUUACCGAAAUGCGACACAAACAUAGUCAAGAAAUAUCUGUUAUUAAUGAGCAAAUUGAGUCAUUGAAAAAAUCGAAAAGUCAACUAGAAAAAUCUAAACAAGCGCUGGAAGCCGAAAACGCUGAUUUAGCUGCCGAACUCAAGACGUCAGCGUCAUCAAAAUCCGAAUUGGAAAGAAAACGCAAAAUUGCUGAAACUCAACUCAGUGAAACGCUGAGUAAACUCGCCGAAUCAGAACGGUUGAAAAACGAACUGCUCGACAGAUUAUCUAAAAUCAGUAACGAAUCUGAGUCAAUCACUAAUCAGUUGGAAGCAGCAGAAUUGAAAGCUUCAGCCGCCGAAAAAGCAGCCGGUACGAUGGAAACUCAAUUACAAGAAACGCAGGCGCUUCUCGAGGAAGAGACUAAACUUAAACUGUCUUUGAACUCCAAACUUAAACAAAUUGAAAGCGAAAAAGAAAGUUUACAUGAACAAUUAGAAGAAGAAGAAGAGUCCAAGAAAAACAUGGAGAAACAGAUUGCGGCUCUCAACUUGCAAAUUACCGAAAGCCGAAAGAAAAUGGAAGACGAAGCUGAACACAGCGCAGCUAUAGAAGCCACAUACAAAAAAUUAAGCAAGGACUAUGAAUCACUUCAAAGACAAAUUGAGGAAUUGCAAGUGACCAACGAUAAAUUAGAAAAAUCCAAAAAAAAAUUACAAUCUGAAUUGGACGAUAUAAAUAUUGAUUUGGAAGCGCAACGGUCGAAGGUCGUUGAACUUGAGAAAAAACAGAGAAUAUUUGACAAAACGCUUGCCGAAGAAAAAGCCGUCUCUGAGCAAAUGGCAAUUGAACGUGAUGCUGCUGAACGAGAAGCUCGAGAGAAAGAAACCCGCGUUCUGUCCCUGACCAGAGAAUUGGACGAGCUAAUGGUCAAAGUGGAAGAAUUGGAACGAGGCAAGAGAACUCUGCAAAACGAGUUAGAUGAACUUAUCAACAACCAAGGAACGGCUGACAAGAACGUACACGAAUUGGAAAAAGCCAAGCGAAUUUUAGAAUCGCAACUCGCCGAAAUACGCUUACAAAAUGAAGAUUUGGAAGAUGAACUUCAAAUCACCGAAGACGCUAAGCUAAGACUUGAAGUGAACAUGCAAGCCCUACGAGCCCAAUUUGAACGAGACCUUGUUUCCAAAGAAGAACAGAGUGAGGAGAAACGUCGAGGUCUUUUGAAACAAAUCCGUGACAUCGAAGCCGAGUUGGAAGAUGAAAGGAAACAGCGAGCUUUAGCAGUAGCAGGUCGUAAGAAAAUCGAAGCAGACUACAAAGAUUUGGAACAACAGCUGGACAUGCAUAAUAAACUUAAAGAGGACGCUUUAAAACAAUUGAAGAAACUGCAAGUCCAGUUGAAGGACGCCACUCGUGAUGCCGAAGAAGCCCGAGGGUCGCGCGAUGAACUUUCGGCGAACGCUAAAGAAACUGAGCGCAAGUUUAAGUCAGUCGAGGCUGAACUAUUGUUGUUGACCGAGGAGCUGUCAGCUUCCGAACGAACCAGACGAGUUGCCGAAAGCGAACGUGAUGAUUUAUUGGAAGAAAUGAACAGCAACUCGAACAAGGGCACGUUUAUGGUCGAUGAGAAACGACGCUUAGACGCUAGAAUUGCCGCGUUAGAAGAAGAACUUGAAGAGGAACAAACCAACUCAGAGGUUCUGAAUGAGCGCGCUAGGAAAGCUAUAAUCCAAAUCGAUCAGUUGAAUUCUGAUUUAGCUAACGAAAGAUCAUCGUCGCAAAAGUUGGAAACCACGAGAAUGUUGUUGGAAAGGCAGAACAAAGAGCUGAAAACCAAAUUGACCGAAAUCGAAACUAAUCAAAGGGUAAAAACAAAAGCGGCACUUUCUAACUUGGAGUCUAAGCUGGUCAAUCUCGAAGAACAAUUGGAAUCCGAAGCCAAGGAAAGACAGUUGCAACAAAAAGCCAAUCGCAAACUCGAGAAGAAGAUGAAAGAAAUUAUAAUGCAAUUGGAAGACGAGAGGAGAACGGUUGAUCAAUAUAAGGAACAAGUAGAAAAGGGUAAUGCCAGAGUAAAAUCUCUCAAGAGGCAAAUCGAAGAAGCUGAGGAAGAAAUCAGUCGUGAAAAACAAGCCAAACGUAAAAUUCAAAGAGACCUAGACGAAUUGUUAGAAUCUAACGAAUCAAUAUCCCGAGAAAACAACAACUUGAGGAGUAAACUCAGGCGAACUGGCGUUUCUGCGUCGUCUCGAAUAGCUGGAAGUAAACGAGGUUCGACCAUUGAUGACCUGUCGAUAGUCCAUGGAAAUUCACUGGACGACUCGUUGGAAUCCACCAACGGAUCCAACGAUACUAAUUCUCUCGGUCCGUGAUAAAAAAAAAACGCAAUAAUUUAAAAAAUGAUUUUUUUUUAACAUACUAAUUUUUUGUUUAUUUAUAUUUAUAUUAUUCUUUUUAUUAUUAUUAUUAUUAUUAUUAUUAUUACUAUUAUUAUUAUUAUUAUGUACAUCCAAGGUUGUUAUAUGUGAGAAUCGCGUACCGGUCGAUUAUGAUUACUCUUUUUUUAUUAUUAUUAUCUAUGAUGAUACUUAUUAUUAUUAUUUAUAUUUACGAAAACGCAUUUACCAUUAAUUAUUUUGAUACUUAAAUAUUAUUUUUAUAGUGAUAAAAAUCAU